CACAGCUAGCACUUCAACAGCUUCAUGACUUUGUCAAGAAGUAAAACUAACUUUUCUGACAAGAAAUUUCAGUCUCCCUCACUCUGUCCCAGUGCUGAGCUCAAAGAUAUUUUAUAGAAAGAGCUGCUUGGCUGCAUGGCCAUGUCGUCGGCCAAAGCACGGCGCACAAGCUCCUCCCUGAGCCAAAGCACUGGCAGAAAGCGCUCCGCUCCCCCUCAGUCGUUGCCUGCGCCCAAUGGCGAAGACUCGUCUGUGGCGGUGGCUGUUCGAGUGAGGCCGUUCCUGCCAAGGGAGGUUGAGUCCAGUCAAACAUGUGUGGUUGGCAUGCGAGGUCAGGAGGCAUGGGUGACAUCAGAAUCGGGCAAUCAGCAUCGCUUCGCAUUUGACCAUUCCUUCUGGUCGUUCGACGACAAGGAGAACACGUUCUCUGACCAACGAGUUGUUUACGAGAAGCUGGCUCGCCCACUUCUCGAGUGUUCUUUUGAUGGCUACAAUACUUGUUUGUUUGCAUAUGGGCAGACUGGCUCCGGCAAGUCUUACUGCAUGAUGGGUGAGAAGGAGGAUCGUGGCGUUAUUCCCCGGUUUGGCGAGGAGCUCUUCGAGAGAAUCAUCCAGGAUCAGUCCGCCGAAACAACGUACAAGGUGGAGAUCAGCUUUUAUGAGAUCUACAACGAGCGAAUCCACGAUCUCCUUGCCUCUGCCAAGGGCAGAGCGAAGCCACUACGAGUGAGAGAGCACGCUUCGCUGGGCCCGUUUGUUGAAGAUUUGUCCAGUUAUGUGGCAUCAUCAAAUGAAGACCUGCAGGGCUGGGUCAGUCUGGGUAACAAGCAUCGUGCCACAGCAGCCACUGGCAUGAACGACAAGUCCAGCCGCUCACACUCCGUCUUCAUGAUAGUGCUGACUCAGACCAAGACGCAGGACGAGCAAGAGCUAUGCCGGACAAGCCGAAUCAACCUGGUCGACCUGGCGGGCAGUGAGCGGACUGGCAAAUCGGGUACCACAGGGGACAGACUGAAGGAAGGUGCUAGCAUCAAUAAAUCUCUGCACACGCUGGGUAUGGUGAUCUCUGCGCUGUGCGAGCGCUCGACAAACAUCAAGAAACGGGUGUUCAUCCCGUACCGUGACUCUUCUCUCACAUGGCUGCUGAAGGAAAGUCUGGGUGGCAAUUCGAAGACGGCCAUGAUAGCCACGGUCAGUCCAGCAAUGUCUAACUACGAGGAGUCUCUAAGUACACUCCGUUAUGCCGACCAAGCCAGGUCCAUUGUCAACGUGGCUCGCGUUAACGAGGAUGCCACCAGCAAGCUGAUCCGGGAGCUGCGUGAGGAGAUCGAACGUCUUCGUCUGCAGUUCAAGAGUGCCACGCUCGACGCCAGCAGCCUGGAGGAGGUGCAGCGGCUGCGUGAGCAGUUGAAAAUGUCCGAGAAGAUCAUGUCAGAUCACACCAGGUCGUUUCAGGAACAGCUAGUGGAGGCGGAAGCGCGCAAGGAAGAAGAAGCUGCCAAACUGAAGAAACAUGGUGUGUCGUUCAAGGUUGACAACCGUUUGCCGAAUCUUGUCAAUCUGAAUGAAGAUCCUCAGUUGUCGGAGAUGUUGCUCUACGUGAUCAAACAAGGUCGGACAACCGUCGGCCAAGAGAACAGCGGCGGUGCGCAUGACAUUCAUCUUGCUGGAGCACUUGUGGCCGAGAAUCACUGCGUUCUUGAGAAUGAUGGCGAGGCUGUACAAAUUCUUCCACUAAAUCCAGACGCACAGACCUAUGUUAACGGAGAGCUCAUCGGCGACGGUGUAACACUACAUCAUGGUGACCGUGUGGUGAUUGGCGGCGACUACUUCUUCAGGUUCAAUCACCCUGUGGAGUUGGCACAGAAUCCGGAGCGCCGCAGCACUUUAGCACCAGGGCGCGGCUUCGAGUUUGCGCAAAAUGAACUGUUUGAAGUGCAGGAUGCCAGGCUUCGUGCAGAAGUGGAGGAGGCCAGGCUCAAAGCCAAUGAAGAGGCGAUGGAGCAGAUAGCUGCAGCCAAGGAGGUGGCACAGCAGGAGUUGGAUCAGAAUCGUCAGGUGUUUGAGUCUGAGCUCCUCUCUGUCAAGGGGCAGCUGCUUGCCGAAUCGACGGACAAGAAGGAGGUGAUAGAGCGCUCAGAGCAUAAGGUGGAAGCCCUGGAGGCAGAGAAGCGGGCAUUGGAAGCACAAGUUAUUGCUCACCGUCAUCAGCUUGAAAUGGAUAGAGAAAAGCUGCGGAAGGUGUUUGAGGAAGAUCGGCAGCAGAAAACAAACCUCAUCGCCGAUUUGGAAAACGAGAGGAGGAAACUAGAGGACGAUGUAGUCAAGCUGAAGAAAUCCAAGGAGCAACGAGAGACGCUCAACGAAAUCAUGGCUACACCAGAGAAAAUCGCGACUAGUUCUGGUCAAAGCAAGCGUCUGAUGCGCUACUACAUGAUGCUGACGGAGGCCAAUAACAUCAGUGAGAGCCUGAAGAAAAGCACAUCGUUCUUCAUCGAAGCAGUUUCAGACGGCGAACCUACGCAGAUUCGGGUGCAGAACACCAAGCUUGGUAUCAGCACCAUCUGGCCUAUCAGCAAGUUUGAGCAGAAGCUGGAGAAGAUGCGCGAGCUCUUCCAGGGUGAUAGCGAGGGUGUGGAUGACAAUGACCUGUUCUAUGACCCUAAAGACGACUGGAAGAAGAGCAUACCGACAUCGCCACUUCCAGCGACACCAUCGGCUAUCAGUCAACCCCGAUCUCUGUCAAAGCGCUCCACCUCGUCCGCUGCUCUCGGAGAGCUGCCAUCGCGAAUACCGAAGUCACUGGCCGACUUGCUUCAGUCUGCCGCUACUCCGUCCUAUGCCAGUAGAUCAUCAGUAACGGAGGCCAGUCCCAUGUUGGGUGGUAGCCGCUCCUUCAUGUCUUCCACACGUGGACGACUGGACAGUGCGUUUGGAGCUACAGCGUCACCAGGCGGUCUCAGUGCGUUCUCGCUCACCCCUAUGACACAGGCUGUGGUAUCUAACCCGAUCAAGAGUGUAUCCCACCUAGCUGGCAGUGCCCGUCAACAUGUUGCUGCCGUACUCGAUGCCUUACCCACCGAAGGUGUUUCUCGGUAUUCUGUAGCUGAUGGCAUCGUGUCAGCCUGCACCAGUCUGCGUAAGGCCACUGUGGACGUGCAAGUAGUCUUUCAGAAGAUCGCCUCGAAUUCCGUAACGGCCGCAACGCAAGAAUCUCUCCAGUCGUCCUUGCUCCGGUUUUCAAGCACAUGCCGUUGUCUUGCCGAUGGUGUGUUGUCGUGGCGGCGGUUGGAGGAGUGUCGACGCCUGCAUGACCGCAGCCGGCGCAACCCUCACAUGCUGAAGGCGAUGGACAACGUGCUCUCCAGCUUACAACGAGAAACUCGCUCGAUGUGCAGUGAUGUCACUCGCUUGCUACAGGGUGUGGAGAAUGACAUAGACGCCGUGGUACGUGAUUCAGCUGCGAAGAUUCUACACAGCAUCAGUCAGGUGGUGAAGCUGGCUGGCCAGGCAUCGCUAGCUACUGCACAGUCUCCACUACUUGUUGACGGUGGCGGCAUGUCAGCAGAGACAGAGUCAUCUUCGAUGCCGCCCGGUGCUAUUAUGGUUACAGACGAGGUGUCUGGCUUUGACUGUGUGGCCGUGUUCCUGUCUGGAGCAUCGGAAUACCUCAAUGUAACAGUUGAGAAUGUCAAAGCUGCAGUGGCUGAAGGGCAUCAGCAGAUUGCCGAGCUCAGGGAACAUAAGACGUCCGUGAGUGUUGAACCUUAUCUGGACGGUGUAUCAUCGGUGCUAACUGCACUCAGAGGAUUUCUCGGCGCUUUGCAGCAACUCCAGAACAAGCUACUAGGCUGCAACAGUGCCGGCAUCUCGUUCUCCUACAGUCGUGCUGAGCAGCAGUACAGCCAGCUAUCAAUGCUCUACGCGGACGUGCUCGCACUGCCCAGGGCAACGAGUAAAGCAUUCACAGGAACUGCUGCAUCAGCGUCGUCAUCAUUAUCAUCUAGCUCAUCGUCGUCAUCGUCCGCAAGCAGUGCAGCAGCAGCAGCAGCGGUGUCAGCCACGUCAUCGCCCACCAUGGAGAAGCUGGUGAGCGUUGUGCAGUCGCUGGUACUGCAUGCCGUUGAUACUGCAGCAACAUGCCGGCCACAGCUGGAGACAGCACACGGUAGGGCACGGCGAACACUCUCCUCACCUACCAACCUCUCUCAGGAGUCCGACUCGUCUGACAUUUCCGAAACGACGGUGGCCAGCAGUGGAUCACACGCAGCGGCUGGCAACGAGAGCGAGGAUCCGGCGCGUGUGCAGAUUCUCACUGACGCUCUGCCCUCCAUUGAGUCGGCAGCUAAGGACGUAGCACGAGCAGCCAAGUCUCUAACGAAUGCUUUGAGACAGACUGGUCCGUCGACGACCAGUACACGCAACACUGCUGCUGUUCCUGCAGUCAAUACCUCCGUCCUGCCAACAACAACCGGAGCUGCGGCGGAGUUGCCGCUUGCGGCUGAGAGAGGACGUGUGGACGGUGGUGCGGCCACAACCCCUGACAGUGCACACACUGGCUCUCCGGGGACAGGACAACGGCCACGUCGACAGCUACCCUCCCUGGACAACGCCAUUCGUAAAGACAGGCAGUCCUCACCUAUGCCAGCAGCAGCAGCAGCAGCAGCAGCAGCAGCGCUAGUCUCAUCCUCUCCCUCAACACCGAGCAAGCAGAGAAGCAGCAUUGGCUCUACUGCCACGUCGUCCUCGCCAACCAAACAGAGAGCGAGCAGUACAGCAGCUGAUGGCCAUGGCAGUGCUAGUCUAGCUAUCACUUCGCCGAUGGCAUCCUCCUCACCAGUGACAGCUAGGAAACAACGGACAUCCCUGACCGUGGAAAACAGCAGCAGCAAAUCGUCGCCAAAGAACUCGACACGCGGCAAGCAGAGAGCCAGCCUAGGAGCUGACGGUGACAAGCCAUCACCACGUUCUACUCCCAAGCGCAGGCUGCCCAAAUCACCGUCAGCAUCUGCACUCGAGUUUUCAUCAUCCAAACCUAAAGACCCUAUUGUGGAGCAGGAAGUCUAAUCCAACCCACACUAGCUACUGUGCAUCAGGAAGUCAUAUUGAACUCACAACAGCUAUUGUGCAUCAGGAAGUCUACAGCAAUUGCUUGCCCAUGGAGGCAACAUUGCAGACAUGUACAACUAACUUUCUACUGUGUUUGUAGUUGCUUGAGAAGCCCACCACACAGGACCUCCUCACCACCACACAACAACAGGACAUUCUUUCUUAGCUUUUUAGCUAUGGUAUUGCGCUAACACAAGACACAAGUUGUAGCAAAUAUAUUUCAUGAGAAAGAUGUGUAUUAUAAUUUUGAACUUUAUGGGUUGGUAAUUGAAAUUUUCGAAUUGUAUACAAGGAAGAGAACUUCUUCACUUCUUCUAGUAGUUUUUUUCUAUGCUAAAAGCAGCUGUAAAAGAAAGCUAUGAACUAUGAAAUCAAGACCUGAAACCCAGCCAGUGUGGAUCAGCACCUAGAUAACAUUCUUCUCUUUGCCAAUCUCGAUGAACGCAUCCACACAGCGA